AUGUUCAGAACGCAUGCCGUGGUCGUUAGACCCUUGACCUCGCACCGCUACAAGGCCGUACGGGAGCGACAUGGGAGCGGGGGACGCAGCAUUCGAGAAGCUGUGGGUGUUUCUGAAUUCGGCUGGCAUUGGGCGGUUGUCCACUGCUGUUGCUGCUGACUAAUGGCGCGUGUGUUAUUUCGAUACGUUGCGAUGUUCCCACCCCUUUUUCACCACGGGUUGAGUCGCGUGCUCACAUCCCAUUUCAAACAUUCCAGACACUUGUUUGUUCGUUGUGACAACCCAUGUACGCAAGUACUUGUACGUAAAUAGUCGGUCAGUUGUGUAGCUGUUGUUGUUGUUGUUGUUGUUGUUGUUGACAUCCUCCUCGUGUACGUAUUUUUCAUUUCUUUCUUCACUUCCUAUAUCCGCAGCGCGCUUGGCGCCGGCCUUGUUGUUUGUUUGAUACUGUUGUGGUUGUGCUUGUUUUUGCUGUUGUUGCUGCUGCUGCUGCUGGCGUUGGAAUUGUUCAUGUCGUUGUUGUUGUUGUUCAUGCUGAUGUUAGUGUCGUCGUCGCACGCUUGUAGCGUUCCCCGUUGUCGUGUCCUUUGCUGUAUCCAUGCAACACUAAUUGUUGAAGUCGUUCGCCACUGGUCCUGACUCGCCUGGCCUAGGCGCAAGCAGGGGUAUGGGCUGCCAACGCACGAAAGACGCGCA